AGGGGGGCACAUCCAAGUUAGGAGCUGUGAGCGGAGCUGCUAGCUAGCUUAGCUUCAGGCCCAUCAUGUAGCACAGCGCCGCCGAGCUAAUUUCCCCCCUUCUUCUGUGUGUGUGUGUGUGUGUGUUUUUUUUUUUUUUUUUGCAGAACGGUUACAGAAAUUCACCUUUUUUAGCUCGUGCACUGAGCUGAGACUCGCGCUUACGGAACUGACUUCAGGAGGAAAUCGCACGCGUGCAUGAGGAUCACGGGGUUGUGAUAUAUUUUCUGCACCUUUUUGUUUUGCAAAAGAGGAAAAAAAGCGGGGAAAGAGCGAGAGAGAGAAAGAGUCCUCCAGACCGCCGAAGAAGAAGAAGCACGAGAGCGUGAGAGACCGAGGGGGGAGAGAGAGGGCGCGAGCGUGCGAGAGAGAGAGAGAGCGAGAGAGAGCGAGAGAUGGAGGGAGGGAGCGAGAACGAACGCAAAGUCUUUUGUGCUUCCCCUCCCCCCCACCGGAGCAAAGGGGAAAUGUCCGUGUCCAAAGGAGGAGCUAAGAAGAAGCUGCCCAAGCUCCCUAAGGAGGCGUUUGAGCAGCAACCAGCCGCUGCUACACCCCCGAGAGACCUGGAUUCAAAAGCGUGCGUUACCAUUGGAGAGAAGAAUUUCGAAGUGAAGGCAGAUGACCUGGAGCCGAUCGGAGAGCUGGGUAGGGGAGCAUAUGGAGUGGUGGACAAGAUGCGGCACGUGCCCAGUGGCAUAAUCAUGGCUGUAAAGAGAAUCAGGGCGACGGUGAACAGCCAGGAGCAAAAGCGGCUGCUGAUGGAUCUGGAUAUUUCAAUGAGGACGGUGGACUGCUUUUUCACAGUGACAUUCUACGGCGCGCUGUUCAGAGAGGGUGACGUGUGGAUCUGUAUGGAGCUGAUGGACACCUCACUGGAUAAGUUUUACAAGCAGGUCCAUGAGAAAGGUAUGACCAUCCCGGAGGACAUCCUGGGCAAGACUGCCGUCUCGAUUGUGAAAGCCCUGGAACACCUGCACAGCAAACUUUCAGUGAUCCACCGAGACGUGAAACCGUCCAACGUGCUGAUAAACAUGCAGGGCCAGGUGAAGAUGUGUGACUUUGGGAUCAGCGGCUACCUGGUGGACUCUGUGGCCAAAACCAUGGACGCUGGCUGUAAACCCUACAUGGCGCCGGAGCGGAUAAACCCAGAGACCAAUCAGAAGGGCUACAACGUCAAGUCUGAUAUCUGGAGUUUAGGAAUCACCAUGAUCGAGUUGGCCAUACUGCGUUUCCCGUACGACUCCUGGGGGACGCCAUUCCAGCAGCUGAAGCAGGUGGUGGAGGAGCCGUCCCCUCAGCUCCCCGCUGACCGCUUCUCCCCCAAGUUUGUGGACUUCACGACACAAUGCUUAAAGAAGAAUUCCAAAGAGCGGCCAAACUACACAGAACUCAUGCAACACCCCUUUUUCACCUACCACGACUCCAAAGAGACGGACGUGGCCAGCUUUGUCAAGAUCAUCCUGGGCGACUAAGUGCCUCUUCUUGGCGAAGGCGGGGCAAAGCGGGACUAAUUCCACACAAAAAAAAAAAAAAAAGGAAAAAAAAAAAUCUACCAACCACCCAUUUGCAAGACUGACACCUGUAAGCCACGCCCACCUCAGGCAGUAGUUUAGGGGGAGGGGGGGGCUCAUGAGAGAGGGAGAGAGAGAGGGACGAGAGAGAGAGGCCAGGGAAAGGGGCAGAGACUGAAUCAAAAGGGGUGGGGCAUUUCCUAGGAACACACAAAUGAUGGGCAGGGGAUGGGGUUCUGCGCUAAUGUGUGUGCGAGAGUGUGUGUGUGUGCACGUGUUAAUUAAAUAAGGGUGUUCGAGUCCCAUUAUGAAUUUUUUAUUUUUUUUCCCCUCCCAUAUGAAAACAUUUAAGAUGCCAGUUUACUUUACAGCAUUAUAACACGAAUAAAGAAGAAGCGAUUAUAAAUAUAUUUAUAUGUUAUAUAAAUGUCUGCUAUUAAAAGGUGUGAGGAAUAUAGGGUGGGAUUCAAAUCAUGGUUGUUUGAGACGCUAAAGUUGCUUCGGAUAAGUCAAGCCUUAAGAGCUGAUCUCCGGUCAGUUUUUAAAUGUGCUGUUAAUAUGCAAGGUCAAUAGCUAAUUCCACGGAACUGAUCCGAGACAACACGAAUGAUGGAUUAUUUUACAAAACACCUUUUGCAGUAAGUUGUGAGUAUCGUGUUAUUUUCUCAAGUGGGAAAAAAAAAUUAUAUAAUUAUCCUGAUCCAGUCAUUCUGUGCUACAUUUUUGCACCCUGCCGCCUCCUAACACACCUGCACCAGGUGAUGUGAUCUGCGUUCUCCAUGAAUUGAAUCAGGAUCUGGGACGGUGCAAAAAUGUGACGCAUCUUUUUUGGGGAAAAGCUGGUAUAAGUUAUCCGGCUCACUGAGAAAUCCAGCAGGACCCUUUAUGAAGUGUGUGUGAGUUUGUGCGAGUGUGUGCGUCUGUAUCUGUAUUAAGUUUAUCUGGGGAAUUGGUAUCUUUUUGGUCUGUUGCUUCAUCUAGUCCUCUGUUCUGAGCCAAUCAAGAGAGUUCUCGCUCUGUGUUCAACUGCAAUUCAACUGGAAAUUAUUACUAUUAUUGUCAUGAUGAUUAUCAUUAUUAUUAUUAUUAUUAUUAUUAUUAUUAUUAUAUCCCCACAUUAUGAAAACAUGCGUAUUAAUCCGUCUUGAGGUGUUUUGCAGUUUCUGUAUUUAUUAUAACUGCUGUUUUUUUUUUCUCAUUGAAAACUUGACAUUUUUUUUUCCUUUUUAAUUUUAAGGUGAGUGUGCGAACGGAUGUAGCUUAUGUGAGCGUGCGGGAAAGAGUGUUUUUGUGUGUGCGCAUGUGAGAGUGUGUGUGUCUGUGUGAAUAUUGUAUUACAGUUUGGACACACGUAGCUGACACUUCUCUGAAAGUCUCACCGUGACUCAGAAGCCUGAUUUGUGCCUCUUUAUAGAAAAAAAAAAAGAUCUACAAUACAUUAAACAGAAAAAAUGACAAAAACCA